AUGUCUCAUGACCCCGCAUCGAAUGCAGAUCGAGAUUUACUCUCGCGCUUGAAUGCGCUGAAACAAUCUGCUGUCUCCUUUGAUCAGAACAACUACCAGACACCUCUUGGGAAACCUUCAUCUGUGUCCCUCGACCCUAGUCCUGCUCGUGCCCUUCACUCAGACCUACUAGGAAGAUGGAAGUCAUUCGGAGGUACGCCCACUGCAAGUGGAGCAGACAAUUCCACACACUCGACAGAGAAGACAGAAGAUGAUCAAACCCUCGAGGAGCUAUUGGCAGAUCUGGGACCGUCGGAUGCAUGGGAGAUUGAUAAGAGCGAGGAAGACCAAGUGGCUGAUCUCCUGCGGUCUGCAAAGUCGGCCCUCGGCGACGCAUUGGAAGAGAGUAAAGCGCGAGCGGAAGAGGAGAAAGAAAGAGACCCUGCCGCAGACACGAUAUCCGCCCCGAAAUUACCUGCUCUCGACGUCUCUGUCUUUCAACCAGGGCCGGAAUCAGAUGAGGAAGCCCGGAGUAAAGCUGGAUCCAAGUCGAAAGACAAUUUGGAUCAGGAAGCCGACGAACUCCUCGCCAGAAUUCUCGAUGAAGUCAAGCUCGGGUCCACCUCACCACAAGACGAUGGAAUGGAGGCACCAGACUCGGAAGAAGAUGCAUCUCAGCCAAACCCGGAACUGUCAGAUUCAUCUACAGCACCUCAAUCGUCCGCUCUCAACCUCCCCGCCACGCCAUCCAUGCUCCCAGAACCCGUCGAGACGAAACCCGAUUCCAAUCGUAAAGAGGAUGACGAUCUAGCCUCUCGCUUUGCCGGGCUGUCGCUCCCCUCCGUCCCAACGACCAUGAAAUCCACCAAGCCAUUCACAUCCACAUCCGCUAAGCCCACGAUCGGAUACACCGAUGAGGAAGUUGAUACGUGGUGCAUCAUCUGUAACGAUGACGCGACAUUCCGCUGUAUCGGAUGUGACGGAGAUCUCUACUGUACGAACUGCUGGAUGGAAGGACACAGAGGCGAAGACGCCGGCCAUGAAGAGCGAACUCAUAAAGCCGUACAAUUCGUCAAAGGGGGUGGGAUGAAAAAGGAGCCCAGAAGAAGAGUCAUGCUCGGAGCUUGA